AAUACAGCCCUACCUGAUCUCACUAACUACAAUACAGCCCUACCCGAUCUCACCAAAUACAAUACAGCCCUACCCGAUCUCACCAAAUACAAUACAGCCCUACCUGAUCUCACCAACUACAAUACAGCCCUACCCGAUCUCACCAACUACAAUACAGCCCUACCUGAUCUCACCAACUACAAUACAGCCCUACCUGAUCUCACCAACUACAAUACAGCCCUACCUGAUCUCACCAAAUACAAUACAGCCCUACCCGAUCUCACCUACUACCUGAUCUCACCAACUACAAUACAGCCCUACCUGAUUUCACCAACUAUAAUACAGCCCUACCCGAUCUCACCAACUACAAUACAGCCCUACCUGAUCUCACCAAAUACAAUACAGCCGUACCCGUUCUCACAACUACAAUACAGCCCUACCUGA